UACAGUGUGAGCUGUGAUUGGUCACAGCUUGUCACAUGGCACAAGGCUGUUGUGAAUAGCCUUGUACCAUGUGACCUCUGGCCCAAUCAGUGAUCACAUGCAAAGUAGUAAGCAAGAUGUCACUUCUGACGUUGCUUACUACGUGUGAAAUCUGUGAUUACAAUCAGUGAUGACAUGAUCGGGAACUCGCAGAGAGGUCCCGUCCGACGAGCGAUGUUCCCGGAGAGAAACUCUUCUCUCCCUCUGCAGCUUGUCGGCGAACUGUCACAGAGCAGGCUGUGUGUAAACAAUGCAGCCCUGCUCUGCGUC